GCGCGCGCCCCGCAGUCCCGUCGCGUCGGAUCGUGCGGAAGCCGGCGCCGCUCCGAAGCCCUGGCUGCGUCAGUGGGAGUCAUGGAGGACUCGGAGAAAGGCGCCCGCGGAAAGCGGGAGACCGUCAAGAUCGGAGGAGAGGGCUCUUUUAGCGGCCUCGGUGUGUGCGGAUGGAUCCUGGUGAUUUUUUCCUUCUUAAUGGUCGUUGUAACCUUCCCCCUGUCCAUCUGGCUAUGCAUAAAGAUAGUCAAGGAAUAUGAGCGAGCCAUCAUUUUUCGGCUGGGGCGCAUCCUAAAAGGAGGCGCAAAAGGGCCAGGCCUCUUUUUUGUCUUGCCCUGCACAGACAACAUCAUCAAGGUGGACAUGAGGACCAUAUCAUUUGAUAUCCCCCCGCAGGAAAUUCUUACCAAAGAUUCAGUGACUGUUAACGUGGACGGCGUGGUUUAUUACCGAGUCCAGAACGCCACCCUCGCUGUGGCAAACAUCACCAACGCAGACUCAGCCACUCGGCUCCUGGCUCAGACCACCCUGAGGAACGUCCUGGGCACCAAGAACCUGUCUCAGAUCCUCUCUGACCGCGAAGAAAUCGCACACAGCAUGCAGGCCACCCUAGAUGAUGCCACGGAUGACUGGGGAAUCAAGGUGGAGCGUGUGGAGAUCAAGGACGUGAAGCUGCCCAUCCAGCUCCAGAGGGCCAUGGCGGCCGAGGCAGAAGCUGCCCGCGAAGCCAGAGCCAAGGUAAUUGCCGCGGAGGGUGAAAUGAACGCCUCCAGGGCCCUGAAGGAAGCCUCUAUCGUGAUCACAGAGUCUCCGGCUGCCCUCCAGCUCCGCUACUUACAGACCCUGACCACCAUCGCGGCCGAGAAGAACUCCACCAUUAUCUUCCCGCUGCCCAUAGACAUGCUGCAAGGCAUCAUGGGAAGGAAGCAGUAAGAAGCCAACGCUGAUGCAGGCGAGAGAGGCUGUUGUGGAGGCCAGAUUACUGGUGGGGAAAGCGCAAGGCGGUGUCAGAGAGAGGAGCCAUUUCUAUCUGUGUAGCAUUUACAUGUGUGUCUUGUGACGCUCAGCAACUCAGAUCCCUUUUGCUGUUCGUCUGAACAAAUUUUGCUUUUGAUUUGGGCAGCCUCUUCAGAAAUAGUUAUUUGUACUUCUCCUCUCGCCCCAUCUCACGCCUGCCCCUCUUUUUCAGAGAGGCAUUUGACGUCUCCGUGACUCCCAGAAAGGGAAGGAGAGUUGAAGAGCUUCUUAGCAUCCCCAUAGACCAGGAGGCUGCCUUUUAAACGGAAAAAAAAUAAUGUUUUUCUCCUCUCUCUUGGGAAACAGCUUCUCAUCAGAGAAUCAAGGGUGGAACUUUCCACUGCUCCCUUGAUGCAACAGGAGAGCUGAUAUGAAUAAACUGUAGUUAUGGAGACUGCUUGUAGCUACGCCGUGCAGGGUUUUUUUUUUACAGGCGUGUUUCUCUUGUGUGCAGACUAACACAAUGCCUUUUACAAGCACUUCAGCAAAAACGCCUCUGUGUCUGCCUUUGAUCUGUACUUUUUUUUUUAAUGAAACAAAGAUAUGCCUUCACUUUAUUUUUUAAAAAAAGAAGUUUAUUUUUUAGACGACUACCCAUUUUCUGGUUUUAGUUUUUAUUAAAAAAAAAUGUGAUCAACGCAAAGUUGAACAGUCCUAGAGCCAGAAACCCUACUGGUGCCUUCCAGUCUUUAACUGUGCUUAGUUUUGUAUUUAUUCUUUCCCUGAAGAUUUUAAGUAGAACAUAUCUUAUUUUUUUAGAUCUAUGGGAUCAGCCGCAUCUCUCUCUCAGCUUUUUGCUAAAAGCUAGGGUUGAGGCUUAGCCCUCCGCCUCCGCAAAUUUAUAUAAGAAUGUAAAAAGAGCCAUGUUGAAUCAGACCAAGGAUUCAUCUAGUCCAGCAUGGCCAGCCAGCAGGACAUAGGUUCAACAGCACCCUCCCGCCCAUGUUCCCCAGCACUGGUGUAUAUAGGCAUACUGCCUCUGAUACUGGAGGGAGCAUAGAGCCCUCAAGACUAGUAGCCAUUGACUAGGGUGACCAUAUGAAAAGGAGGACAGGGCUCCUGUAUCUUUAACAGUUGCGUAGAAAAGGGAAUUUCAGCAGGUGUCAUUUGUAUAUAUGGAGAACCUCGUGAAAUUUCCUCUUCAUCAUAACACUCAAAGCUACAGGUCCCCUGCCCUCUUUUGUAUCUGGCCACUCUAGUAUAGCUCCUGCAGCUUUAACUGCUGUGAGGAGGAGGGAAUUUCACUAGUUUCUCCAUAUAUACAAAUGACACCUGAUGAAAUUCCCUUUUCUAUGCAACUAUUAAAGAUACAGGAGCCUGGUCCUUCUUUGCAUAUGGUCACCCUAGUUAGUUUUAAUAACAGAAAAUGCCUCGGAAGAGGGCUGUGCUGCUGCAAUUAGUAAAAACACAGGAGCCCUGCCAGAAAAGAAAAACAGCUGGCAAAUCAAUUGUGGACUUGUGUUUCAAAAUGCAUUGUCACAAAAUGCAUGUGCCCUUGGGAUUUGCCCAUCCUUAUCUCAUCCUAAUUUUAGUCCAGUGCUCCCAUACAUAAUCUUGGACUGAUUCCCCGCCCUUAAAACAAAACAAAACACAGUUUUUUUUGUUAAAACCCUAUCUGCCAGAAGUGCUUUUAAUAGUGUGCACGCAAAUAUUGUCUGUAAAUGAAGGGUGAAUGAAUUCUAAGUGUCCUUGUUUACAUGUUUAUGUCCAUAAUAAAAGCUUUUUUCCCCUUUUUA